CCUAUAAAAUGGACCUCCAUCAUAUCCGGUCCCCUCAGACUCAAUUAAUCGGAAGAAGCAUAUUUUUUUUAAUUGUAGAGAAAACAUCUUCUAGUGUCCAACUAUCUUGUGUCUUCUUUAUCUUGGUUUAACAUCUAUUAUCUCAUUUCCCAGAUUCUAUUUUGUUAGUUAGAGUUGACAACAAUGGACAUGCUUCAAGUUUUCCACAUGAAUAAAGGUCAAGGAGAAGCCAGUUAUGCAAAGAAUUGUACUGUUCAGAAGAAGAUAUUAUCCCUAACAAAAUCAUUUGUAGAAGAAGCGAUAGAAGGCUACUUUGACAAUGAUUUUCCGGAGACCAUGACAAUCGCCGAUCUAGGUUGUUCAUCUGGCCCCACGGCCUUAGCGGCGGUAUCGGAGAUCAUCGACAUGGUUAUUGAGAGAUGCCGGAAUAUGGACCGACAUUCGUCACCCAAGAUUAUGGUGUACUUGAAUGACUUACCAGGGAAUGAUUUCAAUGGGGUGUUUGAAUUACUCUCUAAUUUCCAAAACAAGUUUAAAAAGGAAAAGGGUGAUGAUUUUGAGCCCUGCUUUAUUGCAGGACUCCCUGGAAGUUUUUAUGGAAGGUUGCUCCCAAACAACACCUUACACUUCGUUCAUUCUUCUUCUAGCUUGCACUGGCUCUCCCCAGGUUUGGAUGGUGAAAAUAAUCGAAACAAAGGGGAGAUAUAUUUAUCAGAGACAAGCCCAAGAGAAGUGGUAAAUGCAUACAUGGUGCAAUUUCGAAUGGAUUUCCUUUCAUUUCUUAAAUCUCGUGCAGAAGAAGUGAUUUCAGGAGGACGUAUGGUGUUAACCUUUAUGGGUAGAAGCUCUAACGAUCCUACUUGUCAACAAAGCUGUUAUCCUUGGAACUUGAUUUCCCAGUGUCUAACUAGCAUGAUUUCCGAGGGGUUAAUUGAUGAGGAGAAGUUGGAUAGUUUCAAUGUUCCAUAUUACGCGCCAUGUCUUGAAGAAUUAAAGCAAUUGGUUGAAGAAGAAUCAUCAUUUUCUGGGCAUCGUUUCGAAGCUGUUGAAGUUGAAUGGGACGGAGAUGUUAAAGUCAACAACAACGUUAACAUCAAGGAUGAUGAUUGAUGAUGCUCAUGUACAGCUUCGCUAACAAAAGGAGAACGAAUAGCCAAGAUGCAUAGAGCUGUUUGUGAGUCGAUGCUUCAACAUCAUUUCGGGAAAGAAAUCAUGGAUCAUCUUUUUCAUACUUAUGCUACAGUUUUCGAUCAUCACCUUACUAUUAAUCCUAAUUCCAAAUUGAUUUCUUUACUUGUUUCCUUGAUUAGAAAUUAGAUCAUUUCUUUUCUUCCUUGUAUUCUGACGAUUGGUCCAAGAGAUUAAUCUAUAUACUUAACAAUUAUCAUGUUGUUCAAGUAUUUGGUUGUAAUUUCCGUAGGGCAUUGCUAUAUAUUGAAUGUCCAAGAUAUUAAGGUGUAAAAAUAA